CUAGCAGUAGUUGCAGUAACAGAUCUCAAGAGAAGAGAGAAGAAAGAAGAGGAUCCAUUUAAAAUAUUUUGGCAGAGCUGAUCGAAGACCUUUUUGUUGCUGCAGUUAUCUUUUUGGGUCUAUCGAUAGAGCAAUAGUGGAAGAAAGAAGAAAAGAGGAGAGGAGAAAAGAGGAGCAGAAGGAUAUCGAGAAGAAAAGAAUUGUAAAAAACACAAAAAAAAAAAGGACCCCUCACAAGUUGCAUCUAAUCCUCUUAUUGUCUCUUCCUUUUCGAUCAAUCCAUGUUCAUCUCGCUAGACCUACACCCGAUCCUGUCAUUUUGUCUUCUGUGGCAGCAGUGCGAAUACUACAAAACUCAGUUUUCCCUUCCAAACCCAGCAGAGUAAGCGAAAUAAGCUAAGAGAAAGAGAUAUUUCAAAAAUGGGUACUGGUUGGCGUAGAGCCUUCUGCACAUCGAUCUCUAGAGACCGAGAAAGCGCCACCGCCGAGAAGCUUAUGAGCAGUAAUAGCCCCAGUCCCAGCCCAAAAAACUGCUCCAAAUUGGGUGGUUUUAUUAUGUCUGGCGUUAGCAAUCCUUCGACGCCACGCUUACAGUCUCAACCCGUUUCAAGCCCAAGAUUGCGCUGUCGAACUACGACGGAUACACCUCCGACUUGCCCUGCUCAAGACGUCCCUAAACUCCAAUGCAAGACCACAGUGACUACUUCUGGGGCUACUGCUGCUGCUGCUCCCUCGACGAUGACGAGAAGCCCUAGAUUUUCCAAAACUUCGAACCCGUCGUCUCCCAGAUCGCCUUUGAGAUUUUCCCUCUUCAAGGCCAACUUACGACUCUCUAGGAGUAGCUGCGGGAUAUGUCUACAGAGCGUGAAGACAGGUCAGGGGACGGCCAUAUUCACGGCGGAAUGCUCUCACGCUUUCCACUUCCCCUGCAUAGCUGCGCACGUUAGGAAACACGGCAGCCUCUUCUGUCCCGUCUGCAAUACCAGCUGGGGAGAAGUACCUUUACUGGCGAUCCACAAAAAUCAACUGCUAUCUUCGCAGUCCGUAGAAGAGAACGAACAAGACAAGGAACACAAAAGAGCAGGAACCAAGGAAGAGAAGAGAAGAGAAACAGAACCACCUUGUUCGAUUCGAGAUGUGAACACGAAACAAGAUCAACAGCAAUUGAAACAGUCGGAUCCUAGGGUUUACGACGACGAUGAACCUCUGCUGUCGCCAACGGCUGGUGGACGGUUCGUUUCGAUUCCAGAGGCGGACGAGAAUGGCGAAGAAAUUCCGGAAGAGGACGAAAUCGAGGAGUUCCAAGGGUUUUUCGUGAAUCCAAACUCUUCGUCUACCAUUAAGACCACCACCUACGACGGCACAGUCAACGGCAGAGAUUCAAGGAAUGUGGAGGUGACGCUGCUCCCGGAGGCAGCAGUGGUCUCCGUUGGCCGGAGCCACGAGACUUACGUGGUGGCACUGAAGGUGAAGGCUCCUCCACCCCCGGCGCGCGUUAGCACGACUGCGCCUCUGCUCGACCCCUCGCGCCGUGCGCCUAUCGAUCUUGUGACAGUGUUGGAUGUCAGCGGGAGCAUGACCGGCGCCAAAUUGCAUAUGCUCAAGCGCGCCAUGCGGCUUGUGAUAUCGUCGCUUGUCUCAUCUGAUCGACUCUCCAUCGUCGCCUUCUCGGCGACCUCCAAGAGAUUGCUCCCUCUGAGGAGGAUGACGGCUCAUGGCCAACGAUCGGCGCGGCGCAUCAUCGACCGGCUCUUCUGUGGGCAGGGUACCAGCGUUGGGGACGCUCUGAGGAAAGCCGCUAAGGUGCUGGAGGAUCGACGGGAGAGAAAUCCCGUGGCCAGUAUCAUGCUCCUAUCGGACGGCCAGGAGGAACGGAUCUCUAGAACGAAGUCAGCGGAUCGACGGUGUACAUAUCGCCAAGUGUCCUCCACACGAUUCGCACAUCUAGAGAUCCCAGUGCACGGAUUCGGCUUCCGAGAGAAUGGAAACCAGCCACACAGCCACGAGCCAGCCGAGGACGCCUUCGCUAAAUGCGUGGGCGGGUUGUUGAGUGUGGUCAUGCAGGAUCUACGGCUCCAGAUCGGCUUCUGUUCCGGCACUGCUCCGGCAGAUAUCGUUGCCGUAUAUACCCGCGGCGGACGGCCCACGCUGCUUGGGUCUGGAACGGUGCGGCUUGGGGACCUGUAUGCGGAGGAGGAGAGGGAGUUUCUGGUGGAGAUGAGGGUGCCGAUUACGGCUAUCGGGGCCCACCACGUUAUCUCAGUGCGGAGCUGUUACAGGGACCCAGCCAGUCAAGAGGUGAUGUACGGGAGAGAGCAGGCAUUGCUGGUUCCCAGGCCGCACGCUAUACGGUCAUCUGCACCCAAGAUCGAACGGCUGAGGAAUCUGUUUGUGACGACUAAGGCGAUUGCGGAGGCCAGGCGUUUGGUAGAGCACAACGAGUUGUCGAGUGCACAUCAUCUGCUUGCUUCGUCUCGGGCGUUGCUGAUGCAGUCGAGCUCGAUUUCUGCGGAUGAGUGCCUUCGAGGACUGGAAGCGGAGUUAGCGGAGCUGCACUGGCGUAGGCAACAACAACAAGACAAUCAUCAGAUCCAACGGCGGGGGAUAGCGGGGGUAGUGAGGGAGAAGGAGCCGGCAGGUUACUUGGAUGAGAAUGGGGAGCCGCUGACUCCAACGUCGGCUUGGAGAGCGGCGGAGCGGCUUGCUAAGGUGGCAAUAAUGAGGAAGUCGUUGAAUAGAGUCGGCGAUUUACACGGCUUCGAGAACGCCAGAUUCUAAUCUUAUAAU